AUGAGUCCCAGCUGUUCCCGGCGCCGCGAGCAGUACCUGCAGCGCCGCAGGGAGAGCGACGUGCUGCGCGGCUCUUCACCGCUGGGGCUGCCCAUCGUGCCGCCCACGCACUCAUUCAUCGUGGCCUGGUCGGCGCUGACCCUGUUUCUUGACCUGACGUACACAGCCAUCCUCCUGCCGCUGGCUUUUGCGUUUGGCCUGAACCAGGAUAAGGCCAUGGCGACAGUGUCGCUGACGCUGGGCUUCCUCUUCACAGCCGACAUGGGUGUAAUGCUGCACAGGGCUGUCGUCAUACGCUACAUGGACCGCCUCCUCUACGUGGACGGCUUCAAGGACGUGGCGCGAGCCUAUGUGCUGUUUGGCCACUUCUGGAUCGACCUGCCUGUCGCGCUGUCCGCGCCAGUGCAGCUCGUGGGGCUGGUGCUGGAGGCGUCUGGUGUCAUCGACCGGUCAAUGCUGGGCGGCAUGCAGGUGGACCGCGAAGGUUGUGCGAAGGCUGCUAUGAGUGGCGCGCCCAGGGGCUGGUCGCCUGAAGGGGUCGAGGGGGGAUAA